CGGGGGUCCGGCGGGGCGGCCCGGAGCUGUCCAGCAGCGGCGGCUCCUGAACGGCCGCGGGGACGCGCGGCGCUCCUCGGGUCACAACUCACGACUCAGGCAUUGAGAGCGCUGCAAACCUGACCGGGGAUGGCAUCGCGUGGAGCGGCCUCAGGGAGAGGCGGCCGACACGUGCCCGGUACCGGCCUGACCUGCAGGGCUCUCCCCGGGCCCAGCUGUGGCAGAGGAGGUUCUGCCGCCGGACCCCAGGAUUUGGUGCUGGAGCCUGUCCAGCUGAGAGCUGAGCUUUGCUAACAGCACGGUGUUAUUAAAGUGGGCUUAGUGCCUAAUGGGAUUGCCGUGGAGUGGCUGAAGCAGGGAUUAGUGCUGUGGCUCUGCAACCAUUGCUGCUCCGACACCCAGCUGUUCCGUCAGCCUGCAGCCCUUCACCCAGCAUCUCCAUAGGCACUGAAGCUGCUCCCAAAAACUUGCUGCUGGCCAUCCUGUUGCUGCCUGCUGGCAUUGCGUUGCAUGCAUGUCUGCAGCUCUGCAGGGUCCCACGUUCUGUGUCAUGGACUCACUCCGCUCAUUGCUCAUUGCUCCCAUCCCAGCCGUGCUUUGAGCCCCAAACCCCACUCUGUAGCACCGAGCCCUACACCAGUGCAGUGCCCAGCAGUGCACUGUCCCACGUGGUGACACCCAGCUGGGGGCAGGCCAGGUCCUGGCUGCAGCGCGGGGGAUGGAGGCUGAAUCGGUGGUUUGUUCCCCUCUGAAGGCUCCUUUCUCUCCUUGCCGCCCUCUGUUUCUCUUAGGAGAGUUUUAUGUCCCUUGUGUCAACAAGGAGCCUUUUCUUUGUCAUCCUUCCUGAGUGUGCCGGGCAGGAGGUUGCAUUGGAGCAGCGCCAGCCCCAAAGGCAGCAUGGGGUCGGAUCCUGCAUGGAGGGGUUUUGGGGGAUCCAUGCCCAACCCAUCUGAGCCAGGCUGCAAAUGUCGGCAUGGGAGGAUUCUCCUCACCCUCCUGGGAGGACUUGGAGGAUUUACGGUGAUGGUGUGCAAUCUGCACUGCCACUGCUUCCCAUCAGUUAGAGAGUAUUGAAGGCUACCAUCACCUGUGAUCCCAUGGGACAUCCUGGGGACAUCCGGAGCUGUGGGUUCACUCAGGGUGGGGAAACUGAGACACAGCGUGGUAGUGAAGCACCAUCAGAGGUGAGAGUCCGUGAUUUUUUGCAUCUCAGUGUGCCUGUCUCAGAGUCCUACUGCAGGGCUGAGCAACAGUGCCCCCCAAGCCCUAUCAUGGGGACUCAACCCGGGGCUCAGCCUCCAGGUCCGGGUGUUCCUUUCUGCUUGCCGAAACCACAGGUGUGAGGUGAGUUUUGACUCUAUUCCAAGCGAGUUGCUGCAGCCCCGAGCACAACAGAUGCCUCUUUGAAAGAGAUGUGCCUCCGGGGCUAUGCUGGUUUGCAUUUGUCCUGGGAUGAAGGACACGGCUCAGCCAAGGCUGCUUUGUUUCGCUUUGGUGCAGACACCCACCCCUAUGGACCUCCCACCCCUAUGGACCGCCUCACCCGACCCAUCGACAGCUGCCCUGUCCCUGGGUUCAGUGCUCUCUGCUUCGGAGCAAUGUGGAGCUCGGUGCUCCAGACCCACAGCAGUGGGGGGAGCACCCCCAGGAACAGCACCCCAAGCCCACCCCGCGUUUUGGUGCUCUGUCACCGAGUGUGCUGAGCCCGCAGAGCCAGCAUCUCAUUUUUAUUAGGAGAAAAUCACUUCCCUUUGGAGCUAAUUGCAAAGGAGCCGCAGCACUGGGGAGUGCCUCUAUGUAGGUCAGGCUGUAACCUGCGUGGUGACAGCGCAGUGAUGUGGCACAGAGGGGACCCUCUGCACCCCGAGCAGCACUGCCUGUGGGCAGGAAUUAAGUUGGUGGCAAGUUAAUGGCUUGCUCAGAAUGGGAAAGUGCUGCAUCUCCUAGGGAUGACUUUAAUUUGUGCUCACUAAUAAAAUAAUGGGUGAUUAGCAGUAGGCUGCUUAGAAUGGAAGGCUCCUCCUGAGUCCGGCUUGGUGCUCGGUGCUCACAUGGCAUCUUCGGAUCCACGAGCAUCCCUGUUCCCAUCUGAGAGUCCCACGGUGUGACAUCAUGGGGCAGGACCACACUUGGCUGAGCAAAGGGAUGGCUGCCCUGGGGCAUGUGCUGUGCCCACGUGAGGGAAUCCAACCUGACCGAAUAGGUCGAAAAAAUCCAUAGAGAUGCAUCACAGCCCAGUGCUGAGUGCCCUGAGAGCUGUCAGGCUGCGGCCAGGCCAUGAACAGAGCGGGCUGUGUGUGCCCCAGAGCCAUCCAUCAGCACAAAGCUUUGCCUGUUCUCACUGCUCCGGCUCCAGGUGAAGCCUCUGUGGGGCAGAGCAGCACCUGGGUGCCCUUCCCAGCAUGUCGCCGUAUGUCCAGCUAUGCCCCCUCUUGUCCCUGCAGAUUUGUUCAUUUAUUUGAGUUUGGGGAUUUUUUUUUUUCCUUGGGGAGCUGCAGCCUGGAUGGUCUUACAGGACUGAGAAGUGGGCUGGGGUGGUUUUGGGGCCUAGGGGAUGGUGUUGUGUGGCCAAGAGGGGUCCCUGCUACUUUGGGUCUCUGCCUGUGCGGAGACAUGGGGACACAGGGACAGAGCUGCCCUUGUUGUGGCUGCAAAUGGAGGAGGGACAUCACCAUGCCCUGGUUCAGCUCCUUCACUCUCCUCUCCUUCCGCAGUGCCUUCCUGGAGCUGCCUCACCAGGAUGAAUGGGACGGCCAACUUGGCCCCGACUGCCCGUGGCCACUUCACCUCCGCCAUCCCGGUGCCACGAUCCACGACCCCCAACAAACCACCUCCUGCAGUCCCCCCAGCCCGGCACAGCACCCCAGGCCCCCCUGCCUCCCACCGGGCCACAUCCCCCCUGCCAGCAGCACCCCCGGCCCCAAAAGCCUCAAAUCCAGGCCCAGAGCUUCAGGCCGCGAGGCAACCGAGAGCCCAGGUGUACCCCCCCAUGGGGGGCAGAGAGCCCCAGUGCUCCCCGGGAAGGGGGUGGGGGGAAGCUGGGUAGAGUGCAGCCUAAGGGGGCCUGGAGCCCACCGUCCCCUCGGGAUGGCAGUGGAGGAUGGACCCAACGCCGGCCCUAUGAGCAGAAGCCCCAUGUUUGGGUCGGGGACCAUCAGCUUCUCCUCAGCCUCCCCGCAGAGCCGCCCUGUGACAGCCACUGUUGCCCCAUUCCAGUACCGGCUGCAGGAGGAUGGAGAGCAGAAUGCCACAUCCCUGUGUGACACCGCUCCUGCUGAGGCGCCCGACCCCAAAUCCAGAGCCAUGAGUAAGUCCGUGGGGUUUUCUGCAUGUACACGGGGUGUAUGGGGGGGGAGAGUUCUGUGCACCCCCUGCUGCCCAUGUCCUGUGCAUGUGGGCUGUGUGGGAGUGCUGCCCCAUGCCACAGCUCAUCCUGCCCCAUCCCAGGGCUGUGCUGGGGUUCCCCCCAAAAAAAAUAGGGUCAGCACUGCUGGGGGCAAUGCUUGUGUGGAUGCUUGGCUUUGCUUGCUGCCAGCUUGGUGCUGCUGGGGGGGCUGCGGGUGGGCAAUGUGAGUCCUUGGGUGAGCUGUGGUCCUCCGGGUGCCCCUUGACCCCUGUGGUGGGCUCUGACCAGAGCCCAGGCACUGUGGGGAGGAGGAACUGGGGGCUGCAGGAGCUGCAGGCUGUGUUGGUAGUGCCUCGUGCAGGGCCUCCCAGAGCAGCUGGAGGCAGCUGGGAGCAGGGCUGGACGCGAUGCACGAGCAGCUGUGGGGCUGAGGCUGUGCAGAGCAUGGAAGCAUCCAUCCCCAAAGUGCAGCACGUAGCGAGCAGGAGAAGGAUGGGGAGGGGGGAAGCAGAGUCGGGGGAGUGAGGACGGCCCUGAUUUGGGGCAAGGAUGAUGCUGGCUGCACAUCAGGGCGAUCCUGUGGGGGUCAGAAAGCGCACUGAGGGCACGAGGAAGGGAUGGGGGUCCCUUCCUGCCGCGUGGUGCUGCCGUGGGGCGGGCGCUCCCGGUGCCCGGCAGCCCAGGUUCA